AUGCCAAGCCCUGAAUAUUUGCCCUCAACAGAAAUCAAAGCUCCUUUUGUAAUAUUGGGUGACGAAGCAUACCCACUGAAGCCAUAUUUGCUUAAGCCAUAUUCUAGACAAAAUCUCUCAAAUGAAGAGCGAGUUUUUAACUACCGUCUUUCUAGAGCUCGACGUUGCAUUGAAUGCGCAUUCGGUAUACUAGUCGCUAAGUGGAGAUUUUUAAAACCCGAAUUGCAAAUGAAUCCCGAGAACGUUGACAUUUUAGUCCAAGCAGCAUGCCUUUUGCACAAUAUACUCAUUGACAAUGAAGGGGUUCCAGCACACCCUGAAGAGAGUAUACACAACGAUAAAAUAUCUGUUUCAAGGCGCUACAACCAUUAUGGAGGAACAGCCAGUCAAGCAAGAGACAUUUUCAAGAAUUACUUUUUCAGCCCCGAAGGCGAAUGGAAAGCCCCAUACAAGAUUGAGAUUUUGGCGCAUGUUGUCAAUAUCGUAGAAAAACUGAUAUCAGAUUCUCUGAUUUACACAGAAAACCAGUCGUUUAAGUUUCAGAACUAG